CAACACCACCAACAAGAGAGAGGAGAGAGAGAGAGUGCAAAAGCAGUUUGCAGUCUCUCUUUUUGGAUCUCUCAAAUAUUAUAUCGUAGUAAACUAGUGCAUGAUUUAGACUAAAUUAAUUAUCUAAAUUAAAUAAGAAAGGAAAGAAAACUACCCUUUAAUUACUUGUGUUUGAUCUUGAUCCACCAUUGUAUCAUAAGAUUCGUACUUUCAUCUUAUAUAGUCUAUCAGCUCCAUUCCCCUGAAGACAGAAGAUCCUUUGGAUCGUGUUUUCGGGGUGAAAAUGAACCGAAUUCGAGCUUUUUCAUCUCCUGCAGUGUUGCCAUUGCCAGCUUCUUCCACAACUCCUAAAGAGCGCCCAGAAGAUCAUAGUUUUGAUGGAAUUGCCACCAAUGUUAAGUUAUUAUUGAAGCUAAUCCAUGAUCACAACGAGGCCUGCACAAAAGAGAAUGAUGACAGGAAGACGCAAAGGGUGGCUGGAAUGAUUACCAUAAUCGACGAUGUUAAAGCCAGGAUUCAAAAAUCUCAAUCUAUUGGCAGGAGGGCAGAGCUGAGGCGUUGCAACACAGAUCUUAGGCCAAAUAUUCCAAAGGACAAAAGGCCUACGGAGCCAAUAAUCGAUGAGAAAGAGAGGUUGAGAAGGCAGCUUAGCGCGAGCUUGGCAGCGCGAAAGAGCCUAGAAAUUAUGUGUUCCAGUUUGGGAAAGGAGAAGGAGAUUAUUGCAUCAGAGCUUGCAAGAAAGGUUCAAGAAUUGAGUGGAAUGGAGGAACACAUCAAUGAUCUUAGAGCGCAAAAUGAGAAGUUGUUGGCAAAAGUACAAGCUUGUGCAGCAGAGCACAAAGAGAAGAGGUGUGGUGGGGUAGAGAUUCAAGGGAAUGUGGCGCUCCAGGAGCGAAACAAGGCGCUUUCAGAGCAACUCCUUAAGUCCCUUGACGGGUGCAGAUCCUUAAAGAGAAAGAUUAAAGAUGCACAGAAGGAAAACAAUGGGAUGCACUCGGCAAUGGAGGAGAUGGGGGUCGAAGUUCAAGAAGGCCUUGAUCGACUACGAGCCCUCAAGGAAAAGAUUACCACAAGUGGUGAUGAGCAAGCAACAGAUGUUGAAGAGGAGAUAUCAGCAUUGGAGCGUCUGUUUGAGUGCUUCAGCACGAGGAUCUCCAAGCACGACCCGAAGAAAGGCGAAUUUGCAAAACACAACACUGAAAUUGAUACUACAUAAAUAGCAUCCUGCCAUUUGCAUGAGAACGAAGGGUGACUAGAAACCAGAAAUGCCUGGUCUCUCCACUUUUGCAAUUUUGUUGGUUCUGUUUCUUUUUAGUUGCCAGGACAAGACGCAACUAUUCCUUCUUGGAAUUACAUAAAUAAAAGAGGGGAAGGCAGUUGUAAUGUUUCAUAAGUAGAAGAGAGAUUAGUGAUGUUGCAUAAUGUUGUUGUUCAUGUUGCAAUUGACUAGUUCAGGUUUCUAGGUUGCAUCUACACUGUCCCAAUAGGAGUUGUCUAAUUCCAAGUUUUCUUCUCGUUUCCUUGUCGUCCUGGAUAUCAAAGAGUUGAUAAAUGAAGAGAUGUACAGCACAUAAGUGUAAACUCAUAUGACAAUGAUGUAAUCGAACCCGUCUUCCUCCUCAGACAAUAGCUGCAAUAGCUGCAGGCAUACAGUCCCAAGAACAGUGGCCAGACCUGCAAUGGAACUCUUUGGAAACCUCAGUUGCUUCCUUAUCAAUCUCCACUCUGAGGCUCCGAGUUAAGCACAAGCAGAUAACUAACACCUGUCUAGCUCUACACAAUCAAAACCUGUUACCAGGGAAGAGCUCCCAUUAAGCCACUGAGAGUAAGCUUGUAUUUAUUGCGUAGUGUCCUAUAAGUACCACUUGUGAGUUGUAUAAUGAAGAUUAUUUUACAUAGUAAAACUCUGUGACAUACAGAAACAUACUGUUUGUCUACAAGAUUAUUUCAUUA